AUGAGACAUGGGCUUCUUGUCACCUUAGUAGCUGCGACCAUUUUCCUCACUGAUGUCACUGCUGCUAUGUGGACUGUCGAGAAACAUACAUCUGGGAAGAACUCCGCGUCUGUUAGCACCUUACAAGAACCUCGAGCACUCGUCGCAGAAGGAAAAAGCGAUCCCAUCAAGCCGAUGCUGAGACAAGGAGACCGAGUAAACAAGAAAAGCGAGGAAAGAGGUCAGUUCACUACCAUCGUAAAGAAAGUUGUUGCGAAGAUCAAGGAGGUGUGCUAUUAUACCAAGAAGAUGGCGUCAGGAAAGGAGCCGUCUGACAUCAAGACCUAUCCGGAGUACGCUACAUAUUGGGGAUUCACGGACUUUGUCGAUGCGAUACGGUAUGGAUAA